AAUCCUUGCGUAGCUCCGUGGCAAUGCAAGCCGCCAUGCAGUUCACUCGUGGCUCUGGUGGAAGCUGUCAGGGAGGUGCUGGUGAAGGGCAGGUGUCAGCAUGGCUCGGCGAGCCCUUCGUCGCUGGCGCCCUCCUGGAGAAUGCACCGAAAAGGGUUGAGUCACGCCAGCGUGGGGAAGGCAGCGCUCCAGAUCCCGCACCGCAAGACAGUGGUGUCGGUGUCACGCAGAAGGCGCUCACGGAUAGAGGGGAAGCCAACUGCCUUCUGCGUUUUAUCUGAUGUUUCUUUCGAAGCGUGCUGUCUGCAUAACACCUCUGUGAAAGAGCGUUUUAUUGGACAUGCUGGCGUGCUUUCCUUACCUGCCAUGCAAGGAAGCAUUGCUAGAAGAAUGAGAGUUAACGGAGGGGAAGAAAGUACAUCGUUUGUAGUCACUCAUUUUUCUCCCCCCCUUCUAUUUCAGACUCCAGGUAGAGGUGGAUCUCAGAGCUCGGAUUCGGAUUCAUCAGCCACACCAGGAAAUGCCGUGGACGUGAACAACGAAAGCUCCUCCGAGGGCUUUAUUUGUCCUCUCUGUAUGAAGUCUCAUGGAUCAGCUGAGGAGCUGUUCAAGCACUAUGAAGCAGUUCAUAAUUCUGGCAUUGAUUCAACUCAUGGAGGGGAAGGUCACCUGUCACUGGAAAGAGAUGAAGUAUCACUGCUCCGACAAGAAGUCCAAGACUUGCAAGCUUCGUUGAAGGAGGAGAGGUGGUAUUCAGAAGAGCUGAAGAAAGAACUAGAGAAAUUGCAGGGCCAGCGGCAGCAAGAUUCUAAGUCUGAUGGAUUGACAACGGCUACAUCUACAGAGCUUUCAUCAUUAGAACGGCAGCUAGAAGAGAUCCAAGUAGAAAAUUUUAACAUUAAGCAAAUGAAAGACUUAUUUGAGCAAAAAGCAGCACAACUGGCCACUGAAAUUGUGGAUCUAAAAUCAAAGUAUGAUGAAGAAAUCAGCCUUCGGGAGGGUGCAGAACAGAAAGUGACAAACCUGACACAAGAACUGCAGAAGGAGAGGAGUACAGUGGAAGACUUAAAGACAGAGCUGCUACAAAGGCCUGGUGUGGAAGAUGUGGCCGUCCUGAAAAAGGAGCUGGUCCAGGUUCAGACGCUGAUGGACAAAAUGACUCUGGAACGUGAGCGAGAAUCUGAAAAGCUGAAAGAUGAGUGCAAGCACUUACAGGCACAGCAGGCUAACUCGGAGGCUACCAUUAACCAGUUAAGAGCUGAACUUGCCAAAGGACCUCAGGAGGUAGCUGUGUAUGUUCAGGAGCUGCAAAAACUUCAAAGUUCAGUCAAAGAGCUAGAACAGAAAAACCAG